UCGUGCGAUUCUGUUUCUGUUCCGUUGACAACCUCGUUUAUGCUUCUAGCUAUAUCCUCAAGUCUUGUCGCAGUUAGCUGUACCAUGUCUUGUCUCCACCAGCGAGAAAUGGGAUGGUAACUGCUCGAAAUAUGCAUUGAAGAAGAUCGAUUCUUCAGAGAUGAGAUCUUCUUCGGCUGAUGAGAGUAAGUCUGGUGCUCCUCUUCUCGGUGACCAGCAAGAUGUUGAAAAUGGCGCUGCUGCUGCCGAGGAUCCAGCGCAGCCAGCGCAAAGGAGGAAGCGAUUCACGUGCCAGGAAUUAUUCUGGUGCCCGGAAACAGGCUACCAACCAGGUGGCCGAUCAGCUGUUUUGUCGACGUAUACAUACGCCGCAGUCCAUGGUGCCACUGACCAACUGUUGCCAGCCAGUUUCAAGUCGCUUGAGAUUGACCUGAGACUUUCUCCAGUGGGACUAGGUACAGCAUCGUCGUGCUCCCGUAUAGCGCACGCCAUAGCAUGCCCACUCUGGGGUUUAGCAAUUGACUGCUGCGGUCGUCGUCGAAUGUUUGCAUCUACUGCUCUUGGAUGGGGGUUGGCCAGUGCUCUGUUUUUCUUUGUUUGGAUGCCAUGGCAAGUGAUGCCGCUCAUGUGCUUCACUGGCCUGUUCAUGGCAGCCAUGGGGCCCCUUUCCCAAAAGGUUUUGUCUGAAGAAGUUCCCGCCGAGAGUCGUGGAACGAGCUUCGGAACGAUGCACUUCUUCCAGUCCUUGGGGCGAAUCAUAUCUUUGCAGGCCGCAACUUCUGUCUCUGGCUUGUUUAUUCUUGGCGCUGAAGGGUGGAGAUACGCUUUCGCCAUGUGUGGACUGGUAUCUAUAGUCAUGGCUAUCUGCCUGGGCCUGCGAGUACCAGAUUCUGCAGAACAGAAGAGACUUCAAAAAUCUUCUGGAGUCAAAUGGUUUUCGCCAAAGGAGCUUUUGUACGUUUUGUGGAACGGAAGCUUUUGGUCAAUGCUCCUCGUGGGAAUCCUAAAUGGCAUACCUCGGUCUGCUCUAAAUUUCUGCACAAUGUGGUUCCAAUACUGCGGCAUCACAGACUGGUGGUCUUCGUUCAUCGUAUCCGCCAGCUGGAUCGCAGCGAUGUUCGUUGCACCAUUUGUUGGGUGCUUGGGCGAUUAUGCUUCGCGUCUUUCUCGUGACCACGGUCGACCACUUGUGGCGCAGAUUUCCCUCAUUCUUCGCUCCGGGCUUAUGGCCAUCUUGUUGACCUGCAUCCCACUACAACCAUCGUCGUUUUGGAUUUUCCUGGUACUAUCGGUCCUUAUCGGCUUCCUCGCAGGGUGGCCAGGCGUAGGGGUGAACAGGCCGAUAUUAUCAGAAAUAGUAAAACCCCAGCACCGAGCGACGGUUUUUGCGUUAGUGUCGACAUGCGAAGGAAUUGGAGCUGCGCUUCUUGGGGCACCGCUGGUCGGUUUUCUGAGUCAGACGGUCUUCGGGUAUAUCAGUGUGGAUCACUCGCACAAGCUCGUUGCGUUGACUGACCUUCAGCGUCAGAGCAACGCUAGGGCCUUGUCCAGAGCAAUGCUUUGCAUGACCGUUGGGCCGUGGAUUGCGAAUGUGCUGGUCUACUGCAUUCUCCACAAGACGUACAGAAAAGAUAGACAGCUGCAAACUGUAUUCGAAGAUGCUCCAGCGAAUGCCGAAAACAGGAUUGAUGCGGCCCAGCAGGAUGUUUCGUGUGGAGACAACCGACCACAACGAUAUAAAAGUGCGCUAUCGUAGUAUUUCACGUAUGGUCAGCCCAUGUUAGUGUUCAAUUCUUGGCGCAUUGCUUCCACUUGCCGUCUCCCGGUGAAAUUGAUGCGAACUAAGGGACCAUGCAGCAUGCACAUAUGCGGUGAAACUGCGACAGCUGGUUGCUGGUUCCUGUUUUCCGCAUCUUUAAUCCGUUUUCAGUGCGUACUGCGGAGCAACGUUAAACGAAGAGCAAAGACGAGCAACGGUGACGAAAAAAACGUGGAUAUUCAUUAUCUCUG